AUGUCUUUGGUCCUGCUUUCUAUCCUCUGGCUCAUCAUUCAAACUCAAGCAAUAGCCAUAAAGCAAACACCUGAAUUAGAGCGCUAUGAAGUAGUUCGUCCUAAAAAACUACACAUUUUACACAAGAGAGAGAUACAGAACAACCAGACAGAGAAGCACGGCAAAGAGGAAAGAUAUGAACCUGAACUUCGGUAUCAGAUUGUAUUAAACGGAGAAGAAGUUAUUCUUCACCUACAAAAAACCAAGCAUCUCUUGGGGCCAGACUAUACGGAAACAUAUUACUCACCCAGGGGAGAGGAAGUCACCACAAGGCCUCAGAACAUGGAACACUGCUACUAUGAAGGACACAUUCUAAAUGAAAAGGAUUCUGUUGCCAGCAUUAGUACUUGUGAUGGGUUGAGGGGACACUUCACACAUCAUGGUCAAAGAUACAUGAUAAAGCCUCUGAAAGGCACAGACCAAGAAGAACAUGCUGUCCUCACGUACGCCCGAGAGGAGCCAGAGCCAGCUAACCAGACCUGUGGCGUGAGAAAUGUUGGCAGGAAACGAGGCCUCGCUCGAACCUCUAGGUCACUCAGUAGCCCAGAGCAGGAAGAGUUUCUUCAGGCUGAGAAAUACAUUGAUUUCUUUUUGGUGCUGGAUAAUGCCUUUUAUAAUAUGUAUAAGGGGAAUCUAACUUUGAUAAGAAGCUUUGUGUUUGAUGUGAUGAACCUACUCAACGUGAUUUAUAAAACCAUAGAUGUUCAAGUGGCCUUGGUAGGUAUGGAAAUCUGGUCUGACGGUGAUAAAAUAAAGGUGGAACCCAAAGCAGCCGUCACCUUUACCAACUUUCUGAAUUGGCAUCGUUCUAACCUGGGGAAAAAGAAGAUCCACGACCAUGCUCAGCUGCUCAGUGGAAUUGGCUUCAACAAUGGACGUGUAGGAAUGGCAGCCUCGAAUUCCUUAUGUUCCCCAUCUUCGGUUGCUGUUAUUGAGGGUAAGAGAAAGAAUAGUGUGUCACUUGUAGGAGUGAUGUCACACGAGCUGGGCCAUGUCCUUGGUAUGCCUGAUGUUCCAUAUGACACCAAGUGUCCCUCUGGGAGUUGUGUGAUGAAUCAAUACCUAAGCUCAAAAUUCCCAAAGGAUUUCAGUACCUCCUGCCGUGCACAUUUUAAAAAAUACAUGUUAUCUCAAAAACCAAAGUGCCUGCUGCAAGCACCAAUUCCUACGAAUAUAAUAACAAAACCAGUGUGUGGGAACCAACUUCUGGAAGUAGGAGAAGACUGUGAUUGUGGGUCUCCUAAGAGAAUGAAUCAAAAACUCUGCUUCAUUGAGAUGCUACUUGCCAGGACAAGAAUCAAGAAAUCUAAACAUGCCAGGAAUCUUGUGUAUUUUCACCUUUGUACUUAG